AUGCACUACGGUACUGCUCUCGUUCUGUUCCUUGCAACCCGAAGAUUCACGAGUGUGGGGGCCCGUACAAGUAGUUUAGGGACGCGCUGGCGCUGCCGCCGCUGCACAGACCUCCACGAGAAGAGCACGCAGAUAAGGAGGCACACACACACAGUUUUACGCGCUAAGGCGCAUACCUACGCACCUUUCCUACCACAGGUGACUGCGUGGAUGAAUCGGGGAGUGAAGCGCGCCCGCAUCGAGACACCCUCGCCGGCACCGAGCAGCCGAGAGAGCUCUUCUCCCCCUCCGCUCGCAGAGGCGCUGCCGGCCACGACUAAUGUGCGAAUGCCAAAAAGACAGGAAGCGAAGAAGUACCUGCCAGAUACACACAUAUCCGAGAGCGCGGAUGCUCCGUCUGUUCACAGCGAUGAGUCGGUUCACAUGGAAAGCUCUCGAGAACGGGAGGAUGCAGUCCUCCGUGAAGGCUGUGAUCUCAGUGGUGAUGCGCUCAAGAGCUUCCUUCAAAAGAACUUUGUGGACUACAUAGAUGAUGAACUGUUUGAUGUAGCUGCUUUGGAGGCACUGGAGGACUAA